AUUUGAUUUCUGAAGACUGGAAUUUUAUAUUUGGAAUUUUGGAAUUAGUUUUUACUCAUUUACUGUGUUGUACUGUUGUCAGUUUAGUAAGUUUAGUUGUUUAGUGCCAUUGACUUUCGAUGCCACGACUGGCGAUUGCCGAAGAGGGCAUUAUUUUAAUAUUCUUAAUAUCAAUAUAUUGCCCAGAAAUGUAUAUCGUACACGACUCUUAUUAAUGUUUCGAUAAAAAAAAAGAGAGAAAUUAAAAAAAAAAAUUGGCUUCUUCAUUUAUUUUUUGUUAAGACACGGUUUCUUUGAGUUGAGUUGAAUUGUUGUUAAUAACUGUUGUUCUCAUUAAGUACUUCAAACUUGAAAAAAAAGAACACUAUUCCGGUGACAAUUAUGGCUGUUUCCACGGGCAUGUCAUUUCUUAUAUCAACAUUACUAGCAUUGUCACUGUUCUCAGUCAUGCAGCUCAACAGCAAAUGGUUGACGUCUAGUUCAGUGUUGGUCAUAGGUACUGGUUUUCUUGGCUCAGUGUUGUUUACACUGUCCUUAACUGCUGUAAGCAAUCUAAUGACAUUACUAUUGGGAGAAGGAUAUCAAGCUAGUUUAUUUCCAGAAAUUAUAUUGUCAUUAUUGUUCACUUUUUUCACAUGUGUCUCUAUCCACAGAGUAUGUGCUACAACUGGUCUGCUAUUUUCUUUAUUCGCCCUUUACAAUAUUUAUAAUGUUUCUCAAAAGACAUACAAUUCCAGUUCAUUGCUCAAACAGCCCAUUGUACAGAACAAAAAGAAGAAACAUUAAAUACAAAUGUGUUUGUAACUUGUUCAUAAUGUACUGAACAAUUGAUUUUUUAUACCUAUUUAUUUUUCAUUGUCAUUCCUUGAAUUAAAAAGAUUAAUAUAAAUUAUUUGUAU